GUGAAUCAUCCUUUAAAGAUACCCUGAAUGCGUUUUAUUUAAUGUGGACGGUGAUAUGCAGUACGCUUUUGAUGCAGUACUUUGAGAAAAUUUUCGAUCAAACUGAGCUUUGAUACUGAAAAAAAAAACAGAAAGUAUAUCGAAGAACCGGUGAAGGCUACGGAAGAUUGACCUAUCACAGCCAAAUCAAUCCUUUUGCGGCGCAUAAUUUCCCAGAUCAAUAUCAGAUAUGAGUGCUGUGUCUCCGUUACGUGCAUUACGUGCCACAACCACCAAGAAUGGACCAAUUCUCUUUUCGAAAGUUGAUGGUGACAGUAAGCAACAAGUUGAAUCGAUAAAAGAUGCUACACACGUUAAAUUUGGUGAAUAUUCGGACGAUUUUGAUCUCAACGAACUCACAAAUUUUCACAACGAAGGGAAUCAGCAGCCAUUAAGGGCUGUAGUAUUUUGUUGGCUACAUGAAAAAUCUUCGAUUGUUGAUUAUAAAAAUGAAUGUUUGGAGCUUGGUAUUCCGGAUUUCAAGUUUUUGGUUAAAGCUGAAUUAACCACUUGGUUGAAUGGUAGCUCGGAAACAUGUACUUUUAUCCAGGGUGAGGAUUCGGCUGCUGAUGGAAAAGUAGCCAAAGAUUCUUCUAAGAUAACUUCAAAUGCUGCUUCUGCCACUGCAACCUCGGCUUCCAGCUCAACACUGGCUGCUGAAGCAAGCAAGAAACGUAAGCUAGAAGACCCGCAAUUAGACAGACUUGCCCAAUAUGAAAGAGAAUCAAUUAAUCAUAGUAUGGCCUUGAGAGGUUCUAAAAAUAUAGAUUUUGGAUACUUGAUUUCAGACGCUAAAAGAUUUAUUUCACAAAUGAAAGGUUCCAAACCAUCAAGUAGGUCCAGUGCAAAGGCUAAUGGUCACAGUACUCCCAAAAAACAACCGAUUAUUAUUGUUUCGCCUGCUACUACUUCGUUGAUUUCUCUUACAAAUAUUAAAGAAUUUCUUGAAAAUGGGAAAUUUGUGGAACCUGGAUCAGCAUCAAACCCUAAACCUUCUAAUGGUAUUGUAACAAUACAGCACAAUUCGGAAAGAUUGGUUUCCGCAGGGCAACGUUUUAUGGUUGUUGAUAACGUUGACGUAUUCACUAAACCAGAAUAUUGGGACAGAGUCGUUGCCAUAUUCACCACUGGUCAAACAUGGCAAUUUGCAAAAUAUAAAUAUUCAAAACCUGAAGAAUUGUUUCAAAGAUAUGCUGGUUAUUACUUGUGUUACCAAGGUGAUGUUGUACCAAAACAAAUUAAAGACUGGAAUGUAACUGAAAUAAAAGUUGAUAGAGGUGAUAAACGUUUUAGAGAUAAAUUACUUGUGAGAGAUUUCUGGACUGACAUUGAAAAAAUCUUAAUCUCUAAAGGUUAUGGUAAACAAUAAUGAAUUUCAGUUCUUUGGAUCUCCAAAUGUAUUAAUCACUUCAGUUCUUCUAGGGUGAUCCCUUUUUUCUCCUUUCUUUUUUGC